AUGGCUCCGUUAGGAAAGCGGGCUGGACCCUGCGCGCGCAGAGAAAGUUCCGCGGCUUAUAACAUUAAGCGGCAACGUAUCGCGCCUCACGUGCUCUUACCUAAUCUCGAACCCGGCGCGGCACGGGACGAGUUAAAAAGGCGGCAACAUCAAAGGACCCGUAUAAGGUCCUCCCGUGAGCCGCGUGGCGUGUGGGAGGGUCGACGCCCCCGCGUGGGAGUGACGCUAUGUGCACGCGGAAUUGUUCGCGAGCGCUCGGUGAAACCUAAGCCGCUGCGGUAUGUGACCUACGAGAUCCAUAUAAAGCUCGUUAGCGAGGAAGUCAUAGCUGGACUGGGUUACGCCACCCCCGCCCAU